AUGGUGGAUGCUUUCGAGGACGCCCUGGAGGACGUCGCAUAUGGGGAGAACGAGUCGGACGAUGAUAUCUCCUUAGCAGACUUUGUGGACCCCAUCCAGGACUUCAACGACUGGGGCUUCGACCCAGAUGGUGCUGCCAAAGCUGCAGCAUCGGCGCUCACAGUGAGCUGCCGCAGGGCCUGGGAGGUGGCGAAGAUGCCCCUGGGCCAGAGGGAGCUCUGGCAGUUCGGCCCGAACGGGCCUCCCAUGAACGUCAUGGACGUGUGCCAGGCCUCGAAUAUUCUUUGGAUCGCCAACCAGCAGGAGCUCUUCGGCUUUUCCCUCGAUUGCCUGGAGGAGCCUUUGGCCCACUUGGUGCUGAGCAGCCAGGCGAACCGCGUUCGCUGUGGACAUUUAGGAGGCCCCGUGGUGGUGGCGGUGGACUCAGCCGGUGGCGUGCUGGUGGCCGCCUCAGCCCCAGCGGCGGGAGCGCCACCCUGCCUGAAGCUUCAGAACAAGGCGCUGCACAGCCCACUUGGCAGCUCCACCUGGGGCAUCGGUCUGCCCAAAGGCGAAGACGGGCCACUGCUGGUGUCAGCCAACGACCACUGCGUGAAGAGCUGGUGGCUGCAGGUGCCGCAAGGCCCUGGCGGCUGGCAGGUGCUGCAGCCGAGGAAUGCGGCCAAAGAUGCCAAAGCACCUUCGACCUUGAGGCACUUUGCAGAUAAUUUGCCCUGCAUCGACGUGGCCCACCGACGCGCCAUUGUGGCCUGCUUGAGCGGGGAGGUCUCCGUGCUAGACCUGGCAGCGCGCCCAGAAUCAGAAGUUCCCGAGCCUCCAGUCAUCGAGGCCCGGCCGGACCUUGGCCCCGCUGGGCCCCGGCGCCCGCCCCAGUGGCCCGCGCACGUGGCCGGCGUGGAGCCCUCCGUGCGGACCUUUGCGCCUGGGGCGCUGGAGCCCAGCAGGAGGAUCUGGAAUGUGAGCUGGAUACCGCUGCAUGGCAUCCAGACCGUCGAGCCACCCAGGGCAGGCGGAGUCUUGGACCCGGUGGAGUGGACGGUGCGGAGCUGCGCUUUGCCGGCGGAGAUCAUUCGCCUGGUGCUGCCGCUGCUGGACCCGCAGGAGCUGCUGCAGCGCAUCCAGUGCCUUAGCACCAAGCACGCGGACAUGGCCCAGGAGCAAGUGCUUUGCGGCAAGCGUACCGAACAGAUGGCCAUGAUUCUCUCAGAGAAUGCUGUUUGGCUUACGGACGGGUGUCUCAACAUGCGAUGCAAGCAGUCCUUGCCCUUCAAUGCGGCGUUCGCCCACGUGGUGCACAUGCCAGGGUUGAGCGCAGUUGUGGUCUCAACAAAGAUGGACUCCGCGUACCGGACCUUGUGGGCCGUCACGGUGCUGCGGCGGAGACGAUCACUGCGCUUCGAGCUGCGAGUGACGCAGCUGGAUGUGGAAACCAACUACCGUGACCUGCCAUGGCCACGAAAUAUCAUCGUGGGCAUGGCCGCUACAGAGAACAGACUCUUCAUAUUGUACAGCAGCUGUCGCCUGAUUUGCUACCACCUGGCGCUCGAGCGGGAGAACGCCAGAGAACAGCGACCAGGGUCACCGCGUCCGGACCGCGAUGUGGUUUUUGUUGCUGCGCACUGAGUCUUCCCGGGCAAAUGUACAAACCCGCACUGCCCAGACGCGACCGCGUCCUGCCAUCCAAUUGCACAGUUGAUAUGCCAGGGCCUUUUGCUUGGCUUAGCACAAGAUGUUUGUUCUGC